CACACAUCCACCACUCACUCACUCUCCGCCUCUACACCUUCGACACUUGCAGCCGCCGUCUCGUCGCAGUACCCUCAAGAGUUCCAUAACCUCUGGUUCCUGGCGCUCCUGAUCGUUUGACUGCCCACAUCUGCAUCUGCGUCUCCCUCCACCUACACCAGAGCCGAUCCACCGCUUCUGACCUUCGCAACCGUUCGUCUUCCCUUUCUACGUCUCCGGCCAGACACCAACCCUCCACUCUCCCUCGAACCUCGACGCUUUCUCCUACUAUUCAGCAUCUCUCGCUGCGCGACUGACGCCUGCUCACCAUCUCGAGUCGGCCUUUCGAACUUUCGAACCGACACCACGUUCCUUUAUAUCACCUACGCGCCCUCGAUCAACUCUCCCAGUUACUACCUUAAUACUUCGCGCGAUCUAUUGUAUCGCCUCAUAUGCCCCCCUACGGCUCUCUAGGCUCACCGUCCUUGCGCAAAAUGGAGAACGGAAACACUUACGGGUCGCGCGCCAGCUUCGAUCCGGGACGCAUCAUCGGCGACCCAUUCUCAUUAGCGACCAUAUCUAUUGGCAUGCUUGCUUGGAUUAUCGCCUUUGUCGGCUCCAUCAUUUCGGAUAUCCAGGGAAAGUUCCCCAACUAUGCAUGGUGGACGAUUGUUUACAUGCUCUUCUGCAUUCUCGGCGUCACCGUCACCGUCGCUUCGGAUGCUGAGCGAACAUAUCACGUUGCUAUUACCAGCUUCCUUGCCGCUGGCCUCGUGUUCACCACAUCGUCGGUCAACUCGCUCGUCUACUCCGCCAAUGCCGCCUUUGAGGCCGCCGCUGCGGGCUUCAUCCUGCUGUCCAUGAUUGCCAUUGUAUGGAUUUUCUACUAUGGAUCGCAGCCGCAAGCUGGCCCUCGCCAAUUCGUGGAUUCCUACGCCCUCCACAAGGAGCACCCAGGAUCACGAAGCUCGCGCCAGAUGUCUAACAACUACGGUGCUCAACCCGCCUCAAUCACCCCCAACCAGGCUCCUCAGAUGUAUACAUCUGCACAACUGAACGGAUUUGAGACGUCUUCUCCUGUUUCUGGUUAUCCCGGUGGCCCUGCUGGCGCUAUGGAUGCAAGGAACUCUUCCCAGCCUCGUUUCGGCGGCAUGGGCGGUGUCCCCCAGAGUCAAACACCCACCAACGGUAUGGAGGAGCCACAACAAGAAGCCCCAGUCGAGUACCCGUACCGCGCGAAGGCCAUCUACAGCUACGAGGCCAACCCCGAUGACGCAAACGAGAUCAGCUUCCAGAAGCACGAUAUCCUCGAGGUGUCCGAUGUCAGUGGGCGAUGGUGGCAGGCCAAGAAGCCUAAUGGCGAGACUGGUAUCGCACCAAGCAAUUACCUCAUCUUGUUGUAGUGCGAAGGCUGGAUCUUCCUGUCACGACUUCGUCGACGAAUCUCCUUUUGUCCAUCGCCCUUCCAUUCUACACACUGCCCGGCUGGGGUAAUAGCCCCGGCCAGCCAGCCUUUCCUUUAGGGGGUGUUGUUUGCUGAACAUUGGACC